GCGCAGGGUCGUCUGGCAGCCAAUCAAGAGUCCGGGAAUCGGCUCGGAAAUGCGGCAAAUAUUUCGGCCCGAGCCGAAAUAUCGAAAAGUGGGAGCCUCUUGGUACCGUCGGUUUCUUAUAAAAAGAGACGUCCAACGUCGCGACGUCGUAUUCGCGUCGACGAUCGUGAGCAAAAACGUCAUACUCGAUAUCGAAAGGUGAAGCUACGGUGUCGUUCCGAAACUUAUUAUUUAGAUAAAAUACUUCUUCUUUUCUUAAAAAGGUUGGUUUGUAAAACGUUGUUGGAUUAAAAUUGUGAGGCUACAAUGUCUUCGGCGAUGUAUGAAUCCUUGGGUGCUAAGGUUGCUAUGUUCAAUCAAUAUGCCAACAAACAUAAAGAUAAGCAGAGCAAAAAUCCAUUUACGUCUGGCAUAAACAUUGAAAAACCAAAAUUCUCCAAAGAGGAAUACGGCAGACCAGAAGCAGGUUCCUUAUCAGAUCUGCGCGGUCGCAAGGCGAAUGCCCAUAUACUGAAGGAAAUUUUGGAGCUUUGUGAAAUUAUUAGUCAUGAAGGCACACCCUGCCGGGAUAAUCCCGACAUAAUUGCUAUCACAUUUGGUGAUAUCUUCAAUAUUUAUACGAAUAUUAGCAGUAAAUGCGUAGGCUUGUUAUUGAGAGCGAGGAAGCAAAAGUAUUUAGAAUUCGAAGGCGAAUGCCUUUUCCAGAGAAGAGACGACGACGUGCCGAUAUUUUUAGUUAAACCCAUCGAAGAAAUUCGUGAAGAAUAUAAUCAACGACUUCAAGAAAUCCGGAAGGAUUUACUCGACAGUUAAUGUAAAUAAUGACAAAUUAAUAAUUAUAUAAUAAUUAUCAUCUAAUUAUAUAUAAAUCUAAAUAUAAAAAAUUUCUAUUUUCUAAUUCUAUUAAUAUUAUCUAUCUUCGAAAGCAACAUUCUCGCAGCCUAUAUAUUAUAGUAAUACAAAUGACCAUUAUAUAAUAUGUGAUUUGUUGUAUUCGUCUCUUGGGCUUUGUAUGUUAAGAUGAAUGCCUGCAAAUCGAUGUAAAUAUUCCACAUGUAGUGCAAAUGAGAUAUGUUAAUGCGACAGUAAAGUGAUCAGUACGAUUAAUAAUACAAUUUUUAUGGAACACUUUUUUGAGUCAUCUUUGUAUAAAUAUAGGGCGUAAUAAAUAAUUAAUAUAUCUUA